CAACGAUAUUUCAGUCAGACACCUGGGGGAAAUGAUCGCGAUAAUGAACAGCAAAACUACUCGUUAUCUAGUAACUUUGCUAACCACCUGUAUGUAUUUGGUCGUCAUUUAAAAUCCGAUAUUCCGACGAUGGAAGCUGAUGUUUUACAUUACAAUCUUUACUAUAAUUGCUGAACGGGUUAGGCAAGUGUACACAGCACUGAUGCAUAUAUUGCCAAUUUACACUGGAGUCAAAUAAUCUCAUUCUGAAAGCAAAGAGAACCUAACCAAAACGAAACUGAGUCGACAAGCAACGUUUGUAUAUGUAAAAAUAUAUAUGAAAAUAAUGAAUUGUUCGGCAUUAACAUUUAUUUUAGUGUCUUUAGUUGUGCUAACACAACCGGUAGCCAAGGGCAAGGUAGCCAAGCAACGGUGUAGGCUACUGUUACGUAACAGAAAACAAAAUACACUGUAUAAAGCCAAAGAUUUUUCAGUGAUCAGUCGUGGUGUGUGAAUUCGUUAUUGUUUCAAUAAUGGACGAGCUAUGGAUAAGCAACGAUGCGAGUUAUGGAGAGAUCGACUUCCUCAUCUCCGCGACCAACUGGAGAUGCAGGCGGCAAGAACAUGUGGAGAAUUACUACAUGAAAGGAUCACUACUGGGAGAGGGAGGAUGCGGAUCAGUAUAUGCUGGAACUCGCAUCUCUGAUGGACUGCCAGUUGCCCUAAAAUAUGCAGCGAAAAUAGAAGGAGACCUGCUUCUACCUGGACAGGAAGUCAGAGCACCUCGGGAGGUGGGGCUAAUGGGGCUUGUGAACGAGAACGCGGGUCAUCCUAACAUCCUGCGGCUUCACGAGUGGUUCGAUGCCCCAGACCACUACGUGAUGGUGCUAGAGAGGCCUGACCCCUGUAAGGACCUGGCGGGUUUCUGCUACCACCAGAACAAAAUGAUGGAUGAACAGCAGGCCCGGGCAGUGAUAGAACAGCUGCUUCACGCCCUCCUGCACUGCCAGCACGUAGGAGUGUUCCAUCGGGAUGUGAAACCAACCAACAUCCUGAUAAACACGGAGACCCUGCGUGUCAUCCUCAUUGAUUUUGGGUGUGGAACUUCCUGGAUGGACGCUCCUUACAGUUCCUUCGCAGGCACCCCUGAAUUCGCACCUCCAGAGUGGUUUGCAGAGGGACUGUACCAUGCUGGGCCCUGCACAGUGUGGUCCCUCGGGGUCACAGUGUUUGGCAUCGUUUGUGGAUACCUGCCAUUUAACCCGAACGAUGGCCAUGAGAGCAUGAGCAGAGUCCACUUUCCUACAGGGCUGUCCUCAGAAAUCAAGGACUUCAUGAGCAGGUGUUUGGCACCGGAGGUGAAUGAACGAGCGACGCUAGAAGAGCUCCAGGGUCACCCAUGGCUCCAUCCCACCUGCUUAGAACAAGUCGGAUUCAGGAAGAGGAAGAGGGGGACGGAGGAAGAUGGAGAGCAGAAAAGGAGCUCCUCUGGUUCUCUCAUUCCUGCAAAGUGCCUCCGGAAAGGUCAGGGUCCCAGCAAUGCUCUCCAAGAGAGGGAAUUAGGCUCUACGGCACAGCUGUACAGCUGA